GGAGGGGGCACCUAGGCGUUGCAGAUCUGCAGCGAUUUCCUCCGGCCCUUUGAAUCUCCCCGCCCCCAGCCACAGCCACGGGCAUCCCUUCUCCCCAGAGCCUCUGGCUGCAGCCGGGCAAUACGGCGGCUGUGCGGCUCGCCCUUGUAUCGAGCGCUUCUCCUCUUCCAGCAGCCGCCAUACUGCGGGGCAACCCAAACUUGUUACACACUGGCACCAACUCCUCCUCCUUCGGUCGCUGCCGCCGCCCCCAUUUCUAUUCCCAUCAAGUGCUGCUGGGCGCGUCGCGAGGUCCAGUUAACCUGCUACUGGGAGGAAGGGAAAACGGCUGGGGAACUUGGAAGAAGCAAGCCGAGCAGCUUAUAAACAUGCAGGAGCUAGACCCUAGUUAAUAGUCUAGGACCAUCUGUGUCUGCAGCAAUGCUGAAGGUACUGAAGAUUCCUGGGCUAGUGUUGAAUUAUACAGAAAGAAGAUACGUUGGGUAGCUCAUUCCUGAUGUAAAAAAUGAAAAAUUCCAAAUGGUCACAGGUUUUUAUAGCAUCCUAACUUAGAAGAAUGUGCACAAGAAGCAGAAGAGGUGUUGAGGUUCAUUCUGAAAGUCCUUUCUGUUCAGUAUUGUGGCGAACCCACAGUCACUGGAGGAAGUGACCCAUCAGAAUAUAUAUAUUUGGAAGCAUCCUUGCAAGACAUCAGCCACACAUACAUUGUUUGAUGAUGUCUGUAUUUCCACAAACUGUCUAAACGCAAAAGACAUUUUGUCACCAAAUGAACAGUUGCUUCAGUAGUUCUCCAUCUACUUUCACAGAACAAGGACACAUAACAUGGCUCUUGUUCUGUACGGCGCUGUGGGUUUAUUUAUUGGAAUGGCAACAGCAUUUGGUCCAGUGCCCCGGAUCACUUGGGAACACAGAGAAAUACAUCUAGUACAUUUUCAAGAGCCAAAAACAUUUAACUACUCAACUUUAUUACUAAGCGAAGACAAAGACAUUUUAUAUGUGGGAGCCAGAGAAGUAAUCUUUGCAUUAAAUUCAUUAAACAUUUCUGACAAACAGCAAGAGGUGUUUUGGAAAGUCACUGAAGACAAGAAAACGAAGUGUGCAGAAAAGGGCAAAUCUAAACAGACAGAGUGCCUUAACUAUGUUCGUGUCUUACAACAACUGAACGAUACUUUUCUUUAUGUUUGUGGAACAAAUGCCUUUCAGCCAGUUUGUGAUUACCUGAAUCUGUUGUCGUUUGAAUUUGGGGGUAAAAAUGAAGAUGGUAAAGGAAGAUGUCCAUUUGAUCCUGCACAAAGUUAUACAUCAGUUAUGGUUGAUGGGGAACUUUACACUGGAACGUCUUACAACUUCUUGGGAAGCGAACCUAUUAUCUUUAGAAACUCACAGCAAAGUCCACUAAGAACUGAAUAUGCAAUUCCUUGGCUCAAUGAACCAAAUUUCAUUUUUGCUGAUGUAAUAAGAGCUGAUCCGGACAAUGCAGAUGAAGAUGAUGACAAAAUAUACUUCUUUUUCACGGAGGUGUCUGUGGAAUAUGAAUUUCUUGGGAAGCUGAUGAUUCCAAGGAUAGCUAGAGUUUGUAAGCGGGACCAAGGUGGACUUCGGACUUUACAAAAAAAAUGGACUUCCUAUCUCAAGGCCAGGAUGCUUUGCUCUGCACCAGAUAAGAAUUUAAUUUUCAACAUUGUGAAUGAUGUCUUUAUUUUGAAGUCUCCAAGCCUGAGAGAGUCAGUGAUUUAUGGGGUUUUCUCACCACAAUUGAAUAAUGUAGGACUAUCUGCUGUGUGUGCAUACAACAUUUCUACAGUGGAGGAUGUUUUUGCCAAAGGGAAGUACAUGCAAAGUGCCACAGUUGAACAGUCCCACACAAAGUGGGUGCGAUACAAUGGAGAGAUUCCAAGACCCCGGCCUGGAGCGUGCAUGAACAAGGAGGCCAGAACAGAUGGUUACCUCAGUACACUCAACUUACCUGACAAAACACUACAGUUUGUCAAAGACCAUCCUCUGAUGGAUGAUUCUGUGACCCCAAUAGGAGAUAGACCCAAACUGGUAAAACGGGAUGUGAAGUAUACACAGAUUGUGGUGGACCGAGUUAGAGCCCUGAAUGGCACCGUGUAUGAUGUCAUGUUCAUCAGUACAGAUCGAGGGGCCCUUCACAAAGCUAUCAGCUAUGAGAAUGGAAUGCAUAUUAUUGAAGAAAUCCAGCUCUUCCCAAAUUUUGAGCCCGUUCAGACACUGCUGCUUUCUUCCAAACAGGGCAAACAGUUCCUCUACGCUGGGUCCAAUGCUGGGGUUGUGCAGUCCCCUCUUGCCUUUUGUGACAAGUACAGCACCUGUGUUGACUGUGUCUUGGCACGAGAUCCAUACUGUGCUUGGGAUGCCCAGGAAUCUGUCUGUGUUGAUAACUUCAGAGAACAUGAGACUGAAAGGGACUGGAUUCAGAAUAUAGGCGGAGAUGCUUCUUCUUGCACAGAUAAAGUAAAAGAGCAUUCUCUGCAGCACACUUUCAAGCAUGGGAGUACUGCAGAGCUAAAAUGUUCUCAGAAGUCCAACCUGGCCCAGGUGGUUUGGAAAUUCAAAGAUGACGUGCUAAAGGUGGAAAGCCCUAAAUACCGUCUUCUGGAGAAAGCGCUACUCAUCUUCAAUUUAUCUGAGGGAGACAGUGGUGUUUAUCAGUGCCUGUCAGAAGAAAAAGUGAAAAAUCAGAAGUUCUCACAGGUUUUAGCCAAACAUGUUUUGGAACUGAAGAAAAUCCAGCAUACCACUGUGAGCCCAGCCCAGCCAACAACAUGGUCAGAAAGUAAUGGAAGAGCAUCCAGAAAGUCAAUGGUCUUUAUCCAGCCUCACCUUUCCUCCACUCCAGUAGCAGCAGUCACGACACCCAGGAUAGUAACAAAUCCCGUCAUCCCCAUCCUAACGAGUACCGUCUCCGAUGAACUCUUGAACUCUGUUGCUGAGGUUCCUGCAAGGGCAAUGUUUCUAAAGUCAAAUGAUAAUUGCCUUUUGAUGUUUCUCUUUCUGUUCUUUUUUGUACUGUUCCUGUGUUUGUUCUCGUACAACUGUUACAAAGGAUAUUUACCAGACCAGUGUUUAAAGUUCCGCUCUGCUUUAUUACUUGGAAAGAAGAAGCCCAAGGCAGAUUUUUCCGACUGUGAGCAAAGUGUGAAGGAGACACUGGUAGAGCCUGGCAGUCUCCUGACCCAAAGUGGAGAACAGCCAAAGCCGUCACAUGACACAGGAUAUGAGACAGAAGCAGACUAUGUCAACGGCCAUGUUCAACAUGAUGAGGAUCAUUCACAGUCUUACAAAGAAGUCAAGGACAAACCUUUUGACGUGAAGUGUGAACUGAAAUUUGCUGACUCAGAUGCUGAGGGGGAUUAAAAGAACAUCUUCAACCUCCAUAAUAAAAGUACUGUCAUUCUGACACUUUAUUUUUGAGUGGUUUAGAUGUGAUAACGGGGCCAGCAAGGGCUAUGUAUUCUCAAUUUUAUUAUAGACACAUUGUCAUUUCACACUUGGCUAGAGAAAAAUCUUGCAUUUUCUGAAAACCAGUUACAUGUUUGUUUUUUUCCUAUUUUAAAUGGCCAGUUUCCGUUUCACAUUGUGAGUUUCUAUGUUUGUUUCUGAUGAUAAUUUAACACUUGCACAUACUGUUUUAAUUAAUUUCUCUUUUCAUAGAAGGCAAUUUUUGCAGAGCCAUGCCAAAAAGAAUUUAAGUAGCUCCAGUCUGCACAUAUUUAACUGCCAUUAAAAAAAAAUCUAAUUUCAGUUUAAUUCCAAAUUGGAAAUGAUGUUUAGUUUAUCAGAUUGGUAAAUUAUAGCCUUUUUGUCCAGAUUGGGACAUUUCUUUGCAUCUAGUGAUUCUUAAUGCUCUGUGUAAUGCAUUAAUUGUACUUGGUAGCUUUAGCCAGUGAAAGAAAUGUUGAAUCUUUCCAAAACUAUUUGUGUAUCUUUUUAGACUAUGUUGUUUAUUGGGAUAAAUCUGGUUAGAUUUGCAUAACAUUCUCAGGGAUAAACUUGGGUUAAAUGUUUUUCUUUUUCUUUCUAGAACUGUAGAUAUAGCAAUUGGAUGUUUAAUGUUCAUUUUGGGCUUGUGGGGAACUUAGAUUUUCAAAAAGAAGUUGGACACUGCCACAUUAACUGAAUUUUAUGAAAUUAUUAAGUUUUUAAGUGGAUUCGUGUGGGCAAACUAAUCCUGAACCACAUCAAUGUAAGAGGAGUCUGUUACGUGGAUAUAAUGCAGAACUUGGCAAACAUUUGUUGACCCUUCCAUGAGAGACUGUUGGAGAGUUACUCUUUUUCACAGUUGGAAGGUGAUCAGGUGAAAGGGAUUUUCCCCCCUUUCCAUUACCAGCAUUGUCAAAUGUUUUCACAUCACAACUCCACCAACGUUUUUUUCUAAAAAGCAGAUGGAGAAGGAAACCAGAGGCUGGAAGAACUGCCUGAAGAGCCAGCCACUUUCUCUCUAUUGGAAUUCAGAUGUACUAAAUGUGGUUCAUAACAGCGCUAGUUGUCUGUAAAACUGGUUUGUGCUGUACGGUUUUAAAUAGUAGUAUCUCACUUCUGCAUUUUGCUAAUUGUAAAUAUGGUUAGAGAUAGAAUUUUCAUCGUUGUUAAAUAUGCAGUAUGUCAGAAACUCCCCCGCCCCAGUUAAAACCCUUUGUGACUCAAUGUAGACUGUCUUAAGUAUAAAUGAUUUUAUAUUUUGUAAGAUUCAGUUUGCUUUUAUUUUUCUAUUUUUAAUUAUGUACAUAUGAAAAUGGUAAAAAUAAAUAUUCAAAUAAAUUGUAUCACAUCUUU